UUUGUUUUCUUUGCGACGUGUUUACUUCCUACUUCUGAUGCAAUGGUUUUUCUUUCUUCAAAAUCAUGGAGUUAAAGUGAAAAUAAAAUAAAAAAUUUAUUCAGAAAAUAAUAUUUUCCUAUUGCGUUUUUACUUGCAUAAAAAUAAACUAAUUAAUGUAAUUAAAAAUGUCUAGCGACAGCGAUUUAGAUUAUGAAAGUGCUGAUGAAGACACGACUGAACACGAUAUAAGCGAAAAAGAAAAGAUAUCUGAAACUAGUAAAGGUUUUGACAAAAUCUCUGGUGAAAUUGCAGCUGGAAAAAAUGCACCAAAAGUUGACUCUUCAACGACAGAUGUAACUAGUAAACUUCCUUCAUCACAGAGCGAACCUGAUAAUACUGACUCCUCUGAAGUUUUUCAUAGUGAACCAAGUACGGGGAAAGAAAAAGAUGAACCCCGAGUUGGAGCAGAUGCAUCUGUAACAAGUUCCGAAUUAAAGUUCCCCGAGGAAAUUAAAGUAAAACAUGAGAAGCAACGCGUACCUUUAAGACUGGAAAAGAAAAGGCAACAGAAAAGCCAAUUCUCAAAAGAAUCUUCUGUAGAAAAGAAAAGUCAGUAUUCAAGAGAAUCUUCUGUAGAAAAGAGAGGAGGCGAGCUGUUUGAAGGGCCUUCUGAAGAGAAGAAAAAUCAACUCUCAAAAGACUCUUCGGAAGAUAAAGCAAACUCUAAUGACAAAAGUAACAGUGAUGCUCAAUACAACAUUCCCCCUGCUGUUGAUAAAGGAAAGACAUCAUCUUGGGGUUUUGGUGGCUGGGGUACUAGUUUAUUAUCUUCUGCAGCUUCAUCUGUGUCCUCGUUUUCUAAUCAAGUUUCUCAAGGAAUUGGUACUGUUCUUGAAACUGUUGAGAGUACUUUAGGAGCUCCAUCUCCAGAAGACCUGGCAUCUGUUUUAAGGGAAAAAAGAGAAUCUAGUGAUGGCACUGCUGAAAAAACUGAGGUUCAAGAAGAAGAUGAAGGUCUUGGAAUACUACCUGAUGUAUCUGCUUGGACUAAAGCAAUAGAAAACACAGGCUCUAAAGUCUUAAUGGGAGGUUUAGAUACUUUGGAGUUAAUCGGCAAAAAAACAAUGGAUAUUUUGACUGAAGGGGACCCAGGAUUGAGGAGCAAGCGUACUUUAUUCACAGAACGUGUUAAUCUUUCUCAGAUUCUGAGAGAAGCUAAGGAGAAAGCUGAUAAAGAGAGUGAGAAUAAUUGUGCAUCAGAUAUUGAUGUGAUUCAUUAUAGUCAAAUAUUUGAUGACCAACAGGGAUUAGUUCAUCUUGAGGCAUUGGAAAUGCUUUCAAAACAAACUCAAGCAAAAUUUCAGAGGCUGCUCAUGAGACACUCAAGAAAAGAAGAAGUUAAAAAAAGAAUAGAGGAAAUUAAGUCCAUUUGUGAAAAUAUACCUGGUCUAGAUGAUCCUUCGGAGUGUGAGGGAUUUGAGGAUUUUGAGUCAGUGUUUAAAAAACAUGUACUAGAACUAAGUUUACCUUUAAAUGUGGAUAAUAUAAUAAAGACACAAAGGCAACUUUGUGAAACUCUUUCAAAGUUUGAGAAUGUAUCGGAAGAACCAUACAUUGAUCCAGAUGAGAUCUACCGAUCUUCUAUUUGCAGUCUAGCAGAAUUCACUGCUCGUUGCAUUGAAACAUUUCAUAAAGUUGCUGAACUUAUAUUAGUUCAAAAGAAUUUGUCUCCUGAUUUAGAACAGUGUGCUACUAAUCUUACAGGAUUAACUACGGUCAUGGGUAUUGAAGUUAAUAACCUCUCUAGCAAGUAUCAUAAAUGCUUAGAUUCUUCAGGGGAUCAUUUUCCAAAUUUCAUGAAUAACCAAGGUUUGAACAUCACAGCAAUGGUGACUAAUCUAUAUGUUGAGGCUUCUAAUAGUAAUAAAUACAUACAAGAUGCCUUCCUAAUGCUUGUACCUGUUCUUCAAGUUUGUUUGUUGGAAAGUAUAGAGGAAUAAUUUAGUGAUAAAACAAAUGUAAUUAAAUUGUAAAUCAAAUUUCUAUUUGUUCUGAAUAAAAUUUUGUAUUGAAUUAA